CAAAGAAGAGACCCUCCACCACCACCACCGCCACCACCACGUAGAACUGGUCCCACUCAGCGUCUGGCGAUGUUCAGCUGUUAAUAGUUCCGUCGACAGGAUGGUCCAAAAUGGCAGCAAAUCUCCAACCUGAGGAAGAAUUGAUGAGUUCGGCGCCGCCCGGCAAACAUACCAAGGCUAUGAGGACUAACCACAAAAAGGCAACCAAAGAAUUCGUGGAAAAAGUGAAUGAGCUGCGCCGGUCCAGAAACGUGGGGCCUUUGUCAUGGAACACAGCAGUCAAGUUUCUUAUGGCCAGGAAAUUUGAUGUUCCUAGAGCCGUAAGUUUAUAUGAGCAACACGAAUCCACAAGACACAGAGAGGGACUAGUGAACCUCAACCCCACUUGUGACCCACUGCUGACUGAACUAUCCACUGGAAAAUUUACCAUUCUUCCUGUGCGUGACGAGAGUGGUGCUGCUAUUGCUGUGUUCACUGCACGGCUGCAUGACCCCCGAGCCACCACACAGCAGACCACUCUGCAGGGAGUUGUGUACCAGUUGGAUGCCGCCUUGGAAUCCACAGAGACACAAAGAUGUGGCCUUGUCUUUAUAUAUGAUAUGACUGAAUCAGCUUACCAAAACUUUGAUUACCAGUUGUCGCAAAAGAUUCUCACUUUAUUGAAGGGAGGCUAUCCUGCACGCCUCAAAAAGGUGCUCAUAGUGACAGCACCACUCUGGUUCCGUGCUCCCUUCAAGGUGCUGCGAUUGUUUGUGAGAGAGAAGCUGCGGGACCGAGUGUACACUGUCUCCUUACCUGAGCUUAGUAACCAUAUCCCUGUAAAGUGUAUGCCAGUGGAGCUCGGUGGGAACCUCACCACAGACCACAAAGCCUGGCUUAAAAAGUGCCAGACCUCCAUGACCAACCGGGACCCCUCAACUGUGUGUGAGCCAGCACCACCCCCUACCCUCCACUCAGGGCUCAACCGGGUUGAAUCAAGUGACGACAACCCCAGCAUGGUGCCCUUUGGAGACCAGGAUCCAAGCAGCUCUGUAGAGCAGUGUGACUUCAGUGAAGAUGAAGUUAGUUGUUGUGAGAAAAGCUUCUCUCAUGAUAGUAAUGAUGAAGAUGACCUUGAAGAAAAUGUUGAAGCUCAGGAUGGCAGAUUAUCUGGCCUUAAUGACAUAGAAGUUGAUGAUUCAGCCAAUGAAUGCAAAAGGAAAGAAGAGGACACAACCCAUUCACUGAAGGGAGAGUGUUCCCCAGGACCAGAGAUUCAAGACACUACUCACCUCAAUGGCCAUGUUGUGCAUGAAUCUGGCAGGAUUAGUGGUCGAGGCUCCCCACUGGCUCCACCCAGCAGUGGCAGUAGUGGGUUCAGCGACGACGACAGCCUUCACUAUGAUGAUGGCCGAGGCCUUACCCUAGAGGAGUUUGUGCGGUACUUGAGGGACAAGGGACGGCAAGGCCUCUAUCAUGAUUACACACAAAUUAAGAGCCGUCCGCCUGAGGGAACCUUUGAAAAUUCUAGAAAAAGGUGCAACCAGGUCAAAAACCGAUACACUGAUGUCCUGUGCUUUGACAGCACUCGAGUUGUGCUGGCAGCUGAGGAUGAAGAAGGACACACUGAUUAUAUUAAUGCAAAUUAUGUUGAUGGAUAUAAACAAAAAAGGGCUUUCAUAUCUACCCAAGGUCCUCUGCCUGGAACAUUUGGGGACUUUUGGCGGAUGAUCUGGGAGCAACGGGUUUGUGUUGUAGUGAUGACGACGAGAGCGGUAGAACGUGGUCGCACCAAAUGUGGACAGUACUGGCCACUGGAACAGGACAGUAGUGUCUCCCAUUCACAUUUUACCAUUACCAACACUCACGUCUACAACUACCAUGAUUACAUCGUCACAGCGCUUACCAUUGUAGACACUGUGAGUGGAGAAGAGAGAAGAGUGGAACACAUGCAGUUCACGUCCUGGCCAGACUAUGGUGUGCCAGAUUCAGCCAUGGCCAUGCUAGAAUUUUUGGGAUAUGUACGAGAGUCUCAAGCUCGCUUGACAGCAGCAUAUGGGAGCUCUUGGACAGGUCAUCCUCUGGGACCACCAAUUGUAGUUCACUGUUCUGCUGGAAUAGGGAGAACAGGAUGAGGAUAAGCAGCCAGCAGCUUCCACUCCACAUAAGGGAAAAUUUGCUUCAGAACAACUUGUUCAAAAUACUAUUGGGAGAGAUUUAGAAGUUACUUCCGGAAGUCUCAAAAGUGGUUUUACUGGAGAAAAUAAAACACUUGUAUCCUGUGUUUUGCUUAUGUACAUUCAUCUGUGGCAAUUAGUGUUUUUUUCUAGUGUAUUUUAGGUAAUAUGGUAUAUGGCAACACUUCCCAAUGAGCCACAUGUUCCCAAUACCCUCUCUACGUAGAUACGAUCUGUCCACUUUUUCCUGCCAUAGAGGUUUUGUCUGGCAACCUCUAAGACACGUUGGGAAGGAAGAUCCUUCUGGCUGAUAGGUUAUUUAUCUAUCUUGAGUUUGUUUUGACAGUAUAGUAAUAUCUGAGAUUCAGUGAAUGUUGAUUAUAUAUUAUGCACACAGGUAAAUAUGGGUGGUGAUGGCUGGUAGCCUGAUCAAAGGUGACAUUUUUAUCCAAGUUUCUUCCAUUUGAAGAUAAUCACAGCCUGGUAUGUAGUGCUAGAUUAUUUUUGUUUAUUUCAGUUUUUCUCAUAUCAAUAAUGUCCAUUUCAGGAACAUUUUGCACCCUUGAUAUAUGUAUACGACGCUUAGAAGAAACUGGUACCAUAGACGUGAAAGGGACAGUAGAGAAGAUCCGGUCCCAGCGAGCAUACUCCAUCCAGAUGCCUGAUCAAUAUGUCUUUUGUCACCUGGCUCUCCUGGAAUAUGCACUCCAUAAUGGAAAAUUAGUGGAAGUUGAUCUCACAGGUUUUGAAGAAGAUGGAUCAGAAAGUGAUUAAUGAUACUGCCAUCUGAGUUUCUAGAGGUGAGGUAGAAUGCAAUGGAAAAAAAUGUCACAAAUAGCAGUCCAGAUGCCUUGAAGACUGUUGUUGUGUUCAAAGACUUUAGUGGACCUUUUGCUCUGAGGCACACAGUGAACAGAUUUGUGAUUGUGCUAAUACUGAGGCAAAGUUAAAGAGUUGUGGUAAUGUGGAGGACAAAUUCUCAGUAGAAGUACACUUUGUCAUCCAGUGUGCUGAAGGCAGGGUACCUUCCUUAGCCACCAGGUGCUGAUGAGUGUUGUUGUGUGAGUGCUGACUAUUGUGAAACAGAAAUAGAAUGUAUAAAAACAUGCACAUGGUUGAAAAUAUUUGUUUACUAUAUGCCUUCUCUUUCUGUGGAAUGGUGCACAUAUCAGAAAAAUAGUGUAAACUCCACACCAUAAAAAUUUGUUGCUAAAAUAUACAGUGUUCUCAUUAUUAUAAAUAUCAGUUCAACCUGAAACACAUUAUUUGCAUUGGCCCUUUUGGUAUUUUACAACCAGGGACACAGUGACCACCAUUCCAGGAGGCCGAGGGCCAGCAGCCUCGGAGGCAGCCGGCGCUGCACCACAGUCGUGGAUGAAGGUACAAAAUAUAAUUGUUUAGGUGCCAGUCAUUUUGAAAUCUCCAGUAUUUUUUCAAAAUUAGGGUAAUAUUUAUUCCAGUGAUAAUAUCAAAAAUAACUUUGUAUGUCUUACUUCUUAUACUCAUGUAAGAGAUUCAUAUUACAUCAGGCAGAAUGGUACAUUUAUAUUUUUCACCAUUUUCUUCACAAAAAUGCUUCAAAUUUAUUUCAUUCUGUCAAUGAUAUAUAUAAAAAGGAUGACAAUACUAAAGUAUUAAUCAUGCAUAUCUAUAUUUCUGUAUAAUUAUAGUUUGAUGUUAUUGAUCGAAUUUUACUGAUGUUUUGUCAACUUGAAAUGGAAUCGUGUGAUAUUUUCAUUUGAAAAUGACAGUGGCUGAAUAAAAAAAAUGAUCA